CACCCAAAGCUCUUGCGUUUCCGGCCAGCUCAGCGCAUCAGCCCUGUGGUGUUGUCAGUUUACAGCCUGUCAAACUCUGGUCCCAGUUUACCUGUACGCUUCAGAGGGCGGCGGAGAAACACCCGGGCACUGCGGAGAGAUGGUGCUGCUGACGAUGAUCGCACGGCUGGCCGACGGCCUGCCUUUGGCCGCCUCGAUGCAGGAGGACGAGCAGCUGGGUCGGGACCUUCAGCAGUAUCAGAGUCAAGCAAAGCAGCUCUUCAGGAAACUCAAUGAUCAGAGUCCAACACGCUGCACUUUAGAGGCUGGUUCCAUGGCAUUUCACUAUUUUAUAGAGAAAGGAGUGUGCUACCUUGUGCUGUGUGAAGCCAGCUUUCCAAAGAAGCUGGCCUUUGCUUACCUUGAAGACCUGCAGGCGGAGUUUCACGAGCAGCAUGGAAAGAAGGUGCCCACAGUGUCCCGGCCUUACUCCUUCAUUGAAUUUGACACCUACAUCCAAAAAACCAAGAAAUCGUACAUCGACAGUCGAGCACGGAGGAAUCUGGGCAGCAUCAAUACAGAGCUCCAGGACGUCCAGAGGAUCAUGGUGGCAAACAUAGAGGAGGUGCUGCAGAGGGGAGAGGCGCUCUCUGCGCUCGACUCCAAGGCCAGCAACCUGUCCAGCCUGUCGAAGAAGUACCGGAGCGACGCCAAGUAUCUCAACACUCGCUCCACCUAUGCCAAGCUGGCAGCCGGUGGUGUCUUUUUCAUCAUGCUCAUUGUCUAUGUCCGCUUCUGGUGGCUCUGAAAGAAAGAAAAGAAAAGAAAGGAAAGGAAAAGAAAAGAAAAGAAAAGAAAAGAAGGAGGUAUUGAAGUGAAAAACGAGCCUGCAGACAUUAAGAAAAAGCUGCCACUUUUGACUAAAACACAGGAUCCCUGCUCUGAAUGAGACUUUGCCGACCGCUCGUUUUGUCCUUGCCUGUCCAUGGAUGUCUGAUCUGAAUAUAAAUGAUGUCAUAAUACAUAGUUCUAUUAUUAACACAUACAAAAAUGCGGUAAUCGUUGACCCGAGGGAUAGAUUAAAAGGAAUGAGUGAAUGUGUGUGUGUGUGUGGAUUGUUUGCUUUGUUCUUGAGGUCGAUUUUUAAUGAUUGGUUUUGAAGUUUGGAGGCAAAAUGAAGAGGAAAAAAACAUUUCUGUUUUGGUGACUUUCCAAAGCUGUACUGUACUGUAACCAGACUGAUUUCAUCUUGUAUAGAAGUCUGAUCAUACAAGAAAGAGAAACAAAAAACAUUAAUGUUAUUUAUCCUGAGCACAUCUGUACGUAUCAUGCACUCAUAAACAUUAGAAUCAUUACAGGAAGCACUUGUUGGGCCUGGACAUAAUAAGUUCAACAGUUAAUAAAAAACUUACAUUAAAACUAAAGCAGGUUAAAAGGCUCAACAACCAAAUAAAAAACAUUAAGUAGACUUUCUUUUUUUAAAUAUAUGUAUUUCAACUUGCUAUUUUAAUUGAUUUGGGAAAGAGGAGGGGACUGAUUCUUUUGUGUGAGAUGGGUAAAUACUGCUUCUUUUGGAUAUCUAGGGAGGGAAAUUAUUUAUAAAUCCACCUCUGAGACAUUUUCUUUUAAAGGGGAUUCAUUUCUCACUAAUCCUAAAUUUAGUUAAGACGGUGAACCGUUACAUUAUUCUUUGAAAAGGCAGAGAACAACAAUCCUGGCACUGUUUAAUUUUACGAGCUCAUAGAACCAAUGCAACAAUAAAAAAUACAAUGAAAGUGUUCAUCAAUAGGAAUGAUAAUGAUUAAUUGAUUAAAUUAUUCUUAUUGUAGACUUUUGCGUCUAAAGGAUGAGCCAAAAGAAGGCAUGAUGUAAUAAGUGGGAUGGCUUUUCUUUUUUUUUUAGAUUAAAAUUCAACAUUCAACUCUUCCACCCAGCUCAAUAAAGCAGCUCAAUAAUCUUCCAGCUGUCCCUAUAACUUAACCCUAUUCUGUUCCUCUUGCAUUGUGACUGUGUGGAUCAAAAAAAACACACAUUGUAAAGACAAACUUGUGUCUGGUUGGGUCCUUUUAUUUUGUAUGAGGUUUACAUGUGUAGACUCUGUUUAGAAUUGUUUCCAGGCUGAGAGUAAGAGGUGUGUUCAAAGGACACUUUCUCUGUUUCUGUUCUGUCCGCUAUGAAUAAAAUAAUUUGCACACAACAAACCUC